ACACCAGGAUACACGUAUAAUGCAGGCUCGGAAUGAGUGAAGAUUAGCCAGCUAUCGCCGACCGACGGCUGGUUAUGGAUUUAGUAGGUUCCGAAUAAGCGCCGACAGCAAGGCCCCAAGUUAGUACCACAGUGGAAGCUGGGUAUGGAUUUAAGAUCCGAAGAAGCGACAGCAAUUCGUAGUACUGAUAGGCAAGGGGCCUCGGUUCCGACUUUUCAACGGCUAGAAACCGCAGUCGCGAUAACUCUCGCUCUUUCGUUCUCUCUCGUCUGGUUACACACUCCUCGCCGACCCUCUCCUCUCCUUCAGGAUCAGAUCCUCUCCACUUCGCCAACUUCGCCAACGUCGCCAGAUUUCGCAGCCGGUGGAACUGCUUCGUCCGUGAAAGUGCCAGCAGUAGUACUAGGCGAGGAGUCAGCAAUAGAGAGGUCCGGGAGAGUGUAUAGACACGACGACUGGGCGCAACGGCCGCAUUCUCAAGCCGACCCUAAUCGACUCGCGGUUGAUCGCGAACAACCAGAGUCGGCAUUAGAAGCCGAGUCAGGAAUAGUUACUAAGUCCGGGAGAGUAUAUAGACACGACGACUGGGAGGGUCGCUCGCAAUCUCACGACGCGGAUUCGCGCCAUUCUCCUGCUCGCUCUCGCUCCCCUCUCGCCGCUGGCUCUAGUACCUCCCCUCCCGCCGUGCUCUCAACCGGUACGAACGCUUCGCCUGUUGACGUCGCCGCUGCAUCAUCCCUGCGAAAUCACCUCGCAUCGUUACCACCGAAUUCAAGGAUUUCGCCAACUCCGGAAUCGCCAUCCCCAGAACCGCCUUCCUCUUACCCCAGUGACGGGUCUCCUCCGCCUUCCAUCAGCCCUCCGCCUUCCAUCAGCCCUCCGCCUUCCGUCAGCCCUCAUACCUCCGACCCUCCCUUCUCGAACCUUCAUCCCGCCGGCCCUCCUCCUUCCGACCCUCCUCUCCCCAGCCCUCCUGUCACCAGCCCUCCUCCCUCCGAACCUCCUCCCUCCGACCCUCCCAUCUCCAACCCUCCACCAGCCCUCUGGACCCGAAUUCCCGGUUCCGUGCUCGAUUCCCCCGAAAAAAUCCACAGAUUUCGAGAGAGAUUCGAGUGCAUAGGGCGGGAGGGAGAGUGGUCGCACUACGUGACCCCGCGCUACCUCCCAUGGCCGGACGAGAUGAGCAAGUGCGAUGAGGGCCAUCUGAAGAAGAGCUCGAGACACGUGGUGUUUCAAGUCGCGGAUCGUGUGGUUACACGGAUACAAGAAGUUACGGCAGAGAUUGGGGAGAUUAUUAACCGCAAUUGUGAUCAGCAGGGGAAAGGGGCGGAGAGGCAACAGGCUAACCAGCUGAAACAGCUCAAGCGGCAGUGGGAGGGUCUUAUACGCCAGUGGAAUGUCAGAGAGACUCUUAAGUACUCCUGGAAGGUUCCAGAAAACGAUGCGGAGGGAGCAGAUGGUAUUUCUGGCAGCAAGUGCGGCGGACCUUGGGAAUCUUUCGAUCCGCAAAGAUUUUGCCAGAUUCUGGAUGGGAAGCGUGUGCUUAUAGUGGGUGACUCUAUAAACAUGCUUUUAGCAGAUGCCAUCAGAUUCAAUAUAAGACUAGGCGCUAAGGACCAGGAUUCCAGGGUCCAGUGGGGCGAGCCGACAGGCUACUGCCAUCGGUUCCGGAAUGCAACUAGAGAGCCACCGGAGCACAAAUGCUGGACGCUCGAUCUCUGCGGGGACUUGGGCCUCUCCGUGCGGCUGUUCUACAUCCGAGACUACUAUCUGAAUUCGACAGAAGCCCUCAACGAUUUCAUGGUCAAUUGGAAAUUUGACGAGUCCUGGAUGGGCGACAUUGGAGCUCAGAAUAUCUCGGUAGUGGUGAUGAACCGAGGCGUGCACUACAUUCAGGACGACCAGUUUCAGAGACAGAUGUGGUCCACGCUGCUGGCGCUGAGGCAGACAUACCCCGACCUGCUGAUUAUCGUCCGGAACACCCCGGCUGGCCAUCCUGGGUGCUGGCUUCACAAGAAGCCGGUGAAGCAGCCGCUGCAUCUGCCGCAUACUGACUGGCACUGGGACGGGUAUGCGGCUCAGAAUGAGAUUUUGAAGCGGCUGGCGGAGGGCGUGGGAGGGGUGUACAUGGAUGUGAAUGCGUCGGCUGUGUGGCGGGCGGAUGGGCAUGUGGGGAGGUGGGAUUGCCUGCAUUACUGCCACCCAGGGCCUGUGGACACGUGGGUGCAGCUGCUGCAUAAUAUGUUGAUAGGACUGUUGGUUGGAAGCAGUUGAGAGUGGUUCAGUGGGGCAAGUGCCUGCACUACUGCCACCCAGGGCUGGUCAGUACUUCGGUGCAGCUGCUGCACAGUAUGCUGCUGGGGCUCCUGGUUGAGAGCGGUUGAGAGUGAUUUAGUGAGGCAGAAUGGCAGGUGGGACUUCCUUAAUUUCUGCCUCCCUCCCAGGGCCGGUAUAAAAUACCCACCCAGGUGCAGAUGCGGCAUAACAUGCUGCUGGAAUUCCUGGUCUGGUUGAAAGUGUGUGUGCAGCAGGGGUGUGAGAUGCUGACACCUGAUUUUGGUGGGACUGCCUGCAUUACUGGUGCCCCUGCACUACUAGACAUAAAAUAGCAUGUGAUUAAUUCCUGCGAGCAACGCAUGUCAACGUAUACAUAUGUUAGUAUGUAGAAGUUAUAGGCUAGAAAGGCGUAUGUUCUUAGAGAGGACAACUCCAACUCUAUACCUUGCUUGUUCUCUCUUGUUUCUAAUCAUUCCAG